UCAUGGCGACGCAGCGCAUCAAACAAGCUCGACAGAUGCACGAUAGUCUUUCGAUAUUUAACAGAUUAGAGCCAGAUUUUCAUCAUAAAUUUCACAUCUGGAUGUCAAUAGAGAUUGUGAUUGUAUCUAGCAAUAAGAAAAACGAAGCGUGGAUCUCAGGGGAAAUCAGACACUGCCGAUAGAAUGCGAAGUACGCCGAACUGAGCCGAUGCUGACUCACGUCUACUUCUCCCCGAGACGAGCUCAGCCUCGCGUCGGUCAAAAUAUGGCGUCCGUUCAACGAUGUGCUGCAUGAAUUACCGACGAUUACCCAACGCUGCUCGCCAUCUGGGACCCGCAACAGGGCGUUUACAAUCUGUGCGUGGUGUGCCGUCGAUGAGACGAACACUGGCGUUGCGCAAAGCGUAGCGUGAUUAGUGCUAGGUCGCGAUUAACCCUGGGUAUUUGAUUGAGGACGGUCGGAUUCCCGUUGGCGAAGUGUCGACGCUAGUCCCGCCACCUCCAUCCGCGAGCCGUCACCGCAGGACUGGCAGGUAUGCCGCAGUGUCUACUAGCAGCGAUGACCGAGCACGGGGACGCCGCGACGGAGGCACCCACGCACGUGCAGAACGGCGGUGUUGAGCAAUCCACCGAUGCCGUCGCCGCCAGCCGCGUCACGGUCACCGAGAGCGAGCUGCAUACCCUCACAGCCGCCGACUGGACACACAAGUGGCAGCAGCAGGAUAUUUAUGUCUCCGCCAUUGAGAAACGGCUCAUUCUCCAAGAAGGCGAGUUGAGUGACUUACGGCAGAAUUAUGAGCGCACUAAAGUCCAGCUGACGGAGUCCCAGCAGAGGGAAAAGCUGCUCGUGCGGCGGCUGGCAGCCAAGGAGCAGGAGAUGCAGGAUUAUGUGUGCCAAGUGACCGAACUAAAAACGUCGCAGGCGCCGACGACGGCGUCGUUGCGCUCCACGCUGCUGGACCCGGCCGUCAACAGCCUGCUGCAGUUACUGCGCGCCGAACUGCAGAAGACAAAAGCGAAGCUCGAGGAGACGCAGAAUGACCUCUCCGCGUGGAAGUUCACGCCCGACUCGAACACCGGCAAGCGCCUGAUGGCGAAGUGCCGGCUGCUCUAUCAGGAGAACGAAGAUCUAGGCAAAAUCACGAGCAGCGGCCGCAUUGCCAUCCUCGAAGGCGACCUCGCGCUCCAGAAGAAGUUCACCGAGGAGGUGCGCCAGUCGCAGCUGGAGCUCGACUCGUUCCUCGCCGAUUUCGACGAGGACGUCGAGGGCAUGCAGAGCACCAUCAUGUUCCUGCAGCAGGAAUUGCGCCGCACGAAGGACGCGGCCAGCGCGCUGCAGAAGGAGAACGCGGCGCUGCGUGCGCUCAACGGUGGCGAAACGGCGCCGGAGAGCGAGCCGCCCACCAACGGCGAUGGCGGCGUGCUGCGCGCCAACGGUGACUCGAGUGAUGUGCGCGAUCAUGACAUACACGCCGACGACGACGAACGGACUACAAGGGUUAAACGCGUUCGCCGCUCUUCCGUUCUCAGUAUUGACUAUAACGACGAGGACAUGUGUAAUACCAACGGUGACAGCGCCAUGAUCUCGGAUGCCGAGCUGACCCAGUAGGACUAGGACUCUAGGAUGUUAAAGGCAGGCAUGCGGCUGCGGUGUAUAUAUUAAGCGUAUUAUAACGAGAGAUGGAUGGAGAGCGGCGACGAGGCGAGCGCAUCAUUGGCGUAGUUGUCGAUUGUUGUCACAGGCGAAUUUUAUUCAAGUUUUAUUUAUAAAAUUCAUCAUUCGAGCGUUAAUCACCUUAGUUGCGAUUCACACGACGUGCAAACAGUGAUACUUAUUUGUAAAUAGUUUAAUUCUUUUGUUUGGCUGCGCGAUUUUUUUUUUUGCAUUCGCGGAAUUUAUUCAUCUUUAUACAAUAAUUCAUUCUCCGGAUUUUCGGUAUUUUAAAUAAUUUGUCAGAGUGAGCUUUCUAUUAACUUUUGACACAAUUGAAAUCAUUUUUCCGGUUUUACGGUUAUUUUAAUCCAGUUCGGUGAGCUUUUCUCAUCUUUCAUCUAUGAUAACGAUUGUUCGCAUGUUUUAGAAGCAAUAUACAUGAAGCAAAAGUGCGCCAUUUUGUUUUGAAUUAUUAUGUUUCAUACACAAUUAUACUCCAAUACGGCAAAUGGCGACAAAAAACAAAAAAAAAUCUUCAGGAAAUACCUUUAUAGCCUCAAUAUUGAACAAGUGUGUCGAGUUUGAUCAACAAACAACGAAAUUUCGUCGAAUUCCUGUGACAAAAUCGUCCACUGCGUUCCACACAAAAUUCGGAAUCUAAAUCAAUAAUCUCAGCGGCGGAACGCAGCCGACGGGGCACGGAGGCACACCGAACAAUUAAUGUUAGCGAUAAUGAGUGAAAUCAAAGCAAAUCGGAGGGUGCACGUCGUCGAGCGCGGAAUAUACUGUAUAACUUAUUAAAACACACACAUACAAUACAAUUAAAAUACUAUUGAUCAUAAUGUAAAGUUGUAUUUAACAAAUUGUUGAUGAUUGUACAAAAAAAAAGAGCAUGAAGUAUGUCGCGACGCGGCGACGAUGGGAGUUGAUAACCGCGCGACACGAAAAUCUUAAGAGGUAUUCAUUUUUCAAGCAGAAAUACAAAUAACAAAACAAAUUUACAGCAAAAAAUGUGUUCGGUUUUGAUUAGAGUGUUAUUAUUAUCAUUAAAUUAUCUUUAUUUUCUAUUUCGCAAGCAAAUUGCCAUCCAAUUUUGUAAAUCGACUUAAUCAUUAUUAUUUCUUAAGACCUUAUUGAAAAUAAAUUUGUUUCUACAAAUAA